CACAAUAUUUGGCGUUUUAAAAAUACUGGUACCUCCAGCCCUAGGCGUACCUGCAGCUCCCAAAGAUGGACGUGACAAUGGCGGAGCCAGGCGAGAUAUUACCGGAGCGCAAGAUAGACUACUCAGUCUACGAUCAUCUACAAACCAGCAAGUCAUCAAUCGAAUCAAUCAUCGCUAAAAUGCUCUCAAUUAAAAAAGACGGCCUCUCCAAAUCUCAACUCGGUGAACUUGUCACUCAGAUGUCACUCCAUUUUGUCUCUCUCCGCCAGGCAAAUCGUUCCAUUUUGAUUCAAGAAGAUCAUGUAAAACAAGAGACAGAGCAUGCAAAGGCACCUGUUGACUUCACGACCCUGCAACUACAGAAUUUGAUGUAUGAGAAGAAUCAUUAUGUCAAGGCUAUUAAGGCUUGCAAAGACUUUAAGUCUAAAUAUCCUGAUAUCGAACUUGUGCCAGAGGAAGAAUUUUUCAGAGAUGCUCCUGAAGAUAUUAAGAACUCUGUAAUAUCAAAAGACAGUGCCCAAAAUCUGAUGAUGAAGAGACUCAACUUUGAGCUACUUCAGCGCAAGGAAUUGUGCAAACUUACCGAGAAACUGGAGCAGCAAAAGAAGAAUCUUCUUGAAACUAUCGCCAAUCGAAAGAAAUUUUUGUCAAGCCUUCCGUCACAUCUCAAGUCGCUUAAAAAAGCAUCAUUGCCAGUGCAGCACCAACUUGGAGUUCUUCAUACAAAGAAAACCAAGCAGAAGCAGUUGGCAGAGUUGCUUCCACCCCCGCUAUAUGUACUGUAUUCGCAGUUAGUGGCACAAAAGGAUGCUUUUGGGGAAAAUAUCGACCUUGAGAUUGUUGGAAGCGUGAAGGAUGCUCAGACUUUUGCCCGCCAGCAAGCAAAUAAAGACACCGGCAUAUCCACCUCUCAAGAUAAUUCCAAAGUGGAGGAUGAUGCUCCUGAUGACGAAGAUGAUGGCCAGAGGAGGAGGAAGCGACCGAAGAAAGUUCCAGCCAAGGAAAGUCUAGAUCCGGCCGGAAUAUAUCAAGCUCAUCCACUUAAGACAGUCCUCCAUAUAUACGAUGAUGAAGUUUCUGAUUCUAAAUCAAAACUUAUCACAUUGAAGUUUGAAUACUUGCUGAAGCUUAACGUUAUCUGUGUUGGGAUUGAAGGAUCUAAUGAUGGCCCUGAACAUAACAUUUUGUGCAAUUUAUUCCCAGAUGACCCUGGAUUUGAGCUUCCUCAUGAGUCGGCCAAACUCCGUGUUGGCAAAACUGUUGUUUUCGAUGAAAAGAGAAUCUCCCGCCCAUAUAAAUGGGCACAACAUUUGGGAGGAAUCGACUUCUUGCCGGAGGUGUCACCAUUAUCUUCAGGCAGCUAUGCCCCAGUCAGUGAAGCAGCUAAGCAUUCUGCCACUACAUCUGGUCUAUCAGUGUAUCGCCAGCAAAAUCGAGUUGAGACAGUUCUGCAGAGGAUUCGUGAUAGGAAAAAGGCUCAGCUGGCUCUUGCGGAACAGCUUCACUUACUAAUGGAGCUUAAAUGGCCAACUGUUACCUGUAACAGUGUUCCAUGGGCUGUGCAUGCUCCACUAUGCACUUUGUGUAGUUGGGUACACGUAGGAUCCUUGCCUAGUUCAGUUGCACCUUUGACUGUUGGUGAAACAGAACAAGUUAAGAUUCCUCCAGAGACUGAGAUUGCACAAAAACCUGAUACUUCAAAGGAAGAGGUAGAAAAUGCAAGAGAAGAUGGAGAACUUCCAUCUUUGGUUGCUCCUCCAAUCUCUGAUAUUGAUGUUAAGCGCACGUCAACUAAAGGAUCUGAUUAUGACCAUUCCAAACAAUUGGCAUUGAUUUCAAAAAGUGUAGCAUCUCCGAUCAGUAAAGGAAAAUCUUUAAGUUUUAAGAAGAAUGAUGAAGAUGUUGAUCUCCUGAUGUUAGAUUCAGGUAGUGAUCUUGACGAGCAGGCAAUUGAGCCAGAGACUGAAAGUGUACCCACAGCUGGAGGGGAUGAGAUUGUUGAUUAUUCAUGGGUAGAACGUGGAGUACAGGAAUACUGCUUUGUAUUGAAUAGAAAAGCUGAUGUUGGUGAUAAGAACAUGAAAUUGGAAGCCAAGGUCAAGAUCUUCAUGGAAUAUCCUCUCAGGCCUCCACUUUUUACCCUGACUCUAUCUGUCACAUCAAUUGGAGGAGCAAGUCAUAAUGAUACUGGUAAUUCCGAUUGGUACAAUGAACUUCGUGCUAUGGAAGCAGAGGUCAAUGCUCACAUAAUGAAGAUGAUACCAUCUACCGAAGAAAACUACAUCUUAGGUCAUCAAAUAUGUUUCCUUGCUAUGCUUUUUGACUUUUACAUGGAAGAGGAAGCUGGAUGUGAUAAGAAGAAACGAACCUCUGUUGUCGACAUUGGGUUGUCCAGACCUGUCAAUGGGGGUUUGGUUUCCAGAACUUAUAGAGGAAGAGAUCAUAGGAAAAUGAUAUCCUGGAAGAGCAACGGUUGCACUAGUGGUUAUCCUUGCUAGAGUAUGUUUUUUUUAAACAUGAAAUACUCCAUGAUAUAAGUGUGACAGUACUUGCUUAUUGGAUAAUUGGAUCUGUGUAACAUAUCAUAUAACACAAAGUUUGAGUGUGCAGAGUUCUGUACCUGUGCAAUGCCUUUGCAGAGUAUGUGCGACUGGGCAUUUUUUGUUUGAGCUGCAAAAUCGACAAGUCGACAACCUAUGAGUCAUCAAAAUUACCUGAAAACCCUGCAUAACCUCCGUCCCAUGUUUAGUUUGUUUGCUUUAUGUUCUUGAAACGAGAGUGUCUCAUUCAAUCAGGUAUUUGAAAGUGCUGAGAUUUUUUCUUUCUUUAUGGAUUAGGCUCAACCUGAUUUUACUCGAAACAUUGUUUCCAAACUUAAGAACACUUGAAGUAUUAGGUAUCGAGUUGUACGUCCGUUCAAGAAUCAAUCCAAUGAUCAACACUCGUAUCAUUUUAUA